GGCGACAUUGGGAAGACAUUGCACACACAAGAAAGAAAGAAAGAAAGAAAAAAAACGCCUUCAAGCUAGUUUUUGGAAGCCCCAAUAAAAUGUAGACUUUUAUUCACUUACUCAAAUCACGCGUUUCAGUGUUUCGAAAUAGUCGAGAGAAAAAAAAACGCAAAUUAAAUUAAAAAGUAUUUGUUUUUUAUGUGCUGCCCGAGUGCUUCGUGUUUGGGGUGCUCCAAUUUCAAUUUCCAACCCCAUCCCGAGCAUCGAUAAGAUAAGCUCUGAAGCGUUGUGGGAUUAGAAAAAGCCAUUACAACGUUUUUUUCAAAGCAGGCAAAUGCAGCUCCUACUCCUGCUCCUGCUGAUGUUUAUGGUGGCUGCUGCUGCUGCGGUGGAUUGUCCGGCUGCGUGCAAGUGCAGCUGGGUGAUCGACAGUCUCUAUGCGAACUGCUCGCGACGCGGUCUACAAACCUAUCCGGACUUUGACAGUCUGCCCGUGGAGCAUUUGGAUUUGUCGGGCAACAGCUUUGAAGAAUUUCCGCGACAAUAUGCCGAUAUGGAUUCGCUGCUCUAUCUGGAUCUAUCGGGCAACCGGAUAGCCAGUCUGGCGGCAGAUGCUCUGAUCGGUUUCGUAUCGCUGCGUACUCUGCUGCUGGCCAACAACUCGAUCGUGGCCUGGCAGGAAAUCAAUGCCAAUCAGGCGUUCAAAUAUGCGCCGAGUCUGAAGCAGCUGAGCCUGCGUGGCAAUCGGCUGGGCAGCUUUGGGGGCGACAAUGCCGGCCAAGAGCUGAACAGCCAGUCGCUCAGCGAACUGGAUCUGUCCAUGGCACAGAUCAGCUCCGUUGGCGGCGAUCUGUUGGUCAAUCAGCUGCCCAAUCUGCAGCGUCUCUCGCUAGCCAACAAUCAGCUUGGCCAGCUGCUGCGUCUGCCGUCGCGCAGCCUGCGCGAGCUGGACAUGAGCAACUGCAGCCUGCAGCGCCUCAGCUCCGCUUUUGUUGAGGCUUUGCCCAGCCUGGAGGUGCUCGACUUGUCGCAUAAUACUGCCCUGCAGUUUGGCAGCGUGGACGACGAUCUGAUCGUGUCCUUUGAGCUGCGCCGCCUCGACGCCUCCUUCUGCAAUCUGGAUCAGAUCGAUCUGAGCGGCUUGCCCGCGCUCGUCGAGGUAAGUCUGAGCGGGAAUCUGCUGCGCACGUUGGAUCAGCAGAGUUUUGCCAACAAUACGUUGCUGGAGCUGGUGGAUCUGUCCAAGAAUGUGCUGCGCCUAAUUGGCAACGAGGCUUUCAGUCAGCUGAAGCGGCUCAAGCAUUUGAACUUGGCGUACAAUGAGAUCGCCUACCUCGAUCGCAAUCUCAUCAUCGGCAACGAUGUGCUGCUCGAGCUGAACCUCAGCCGCAAUAUCAUACAGAAGCUGACGAAAAUUGUGUCCAAUUCGGUGCGUCUGAUCAACAUGAGCUGGUGCGAAAUAAGCUACAUCGAAAGCAAUGCGCUCUCCGGCCUCUCGGCCAUACAGAAGCUGGACUUGUCCCAUAAUCUGAUCAGCGAUAUACCCAAUCUGAUGCGCUCGGAAACGCUGCAACAGCUGAAUCUGGCCAACUGCAGGCUAUCCACCAUACGGAACAGCAGCUUCCGCGGCUUCCCCGAGCUGGCGGACUUGCAUUUGAAUGGUAAUCGAUUGACGAAUCCCAUACCUCCAGUUUAUUUUCGUGCGAACAAGUUUCUGGAUCAGUUGUGGCUGGGCGAUAAUCCCUGGAUAUGCGAGUGCCAGAAUCCGCUGUUUGUCGAAUUCUAUGACUUUCUGACCGCCAAGCCGGCCAAGCUCAGGGAUCGUCAUCAGUUGCGUUGUGCCUCGCCUGCCAAGUACUAUGGCAAUUUGUGGGAUUAUGCCUGCAUGUCCGACUGGACGGUGAGCGUGCGCAGCAGCAGCGGGGAGAAGGUCUGGUCGACCAUAAUGCUCAGCAUUCUGGGCCUCGGUCUAUUGGCCCUACUCUAUGGCUGCUUCCGGAAGUUGAUGCGCAAGCACAAGCAGCGCCAGAAUCGCAGGGAAUACGAUGAGAAUCACGAGGAGCUGCGACGCAUACGCGACAUCAACGAGCGCAUGCUGCGUGAGGAGUCGACGACGACGUUGCAGCAGACGCAGGAGAUUAGCCUGUUGCCCUCGUAUGAGGAUGCGCUGCGCAUGCCCAAGCUGGAGCGGCCCGUCAAGUCCAUGCUGGAUCUGAGCGUCACGGAACGCAAUCGCAAGCAGCUGCGUCGCUCCCAAACCCAGCCAGAAGGUGAACUGUCCGGCGAGGAGGUGGAGGAGCUGCAGCUGGACACACGGCAACGAUUCCGCAGCGUGGAGAUGCUCGCCAAUCGCGACAAGGAGCGUCGCGCGCAAUACGGACCGCAUCGUCGCACCGGCUACAUGGAGUACGGCACACAGUCGGGCAGUCGACGCUUCAGCAUUGAGGAUUCACGUUUUCCGGCGGCGCAUCUGAAGACACAGAAUCUGCAGAGCGCCGAACAGAUUGGCAACUUUCAGAGCUACGAGAACAGUCCGUAUACGAAGCGAAAGCCCAAGAUAGCCGAAAUACCGCCCUUUAAGCGGAUCAAUAUGAUGGCCGACAGUGUCGAGUUCCUCACCGAUCCCGAGUACGAGGAUCUGGGCGCCAGCAAGCCGGGCAGCCCCUUUGCCAAACGGAAGCCCAAGCUGCCGGCCAGCGUGCAGGUCAGCGCCCAGGUCUACAGACUGGAGUCCAGUCAGACAAACCAACAACUGGAUCCGGCUGUCGAGGAUUACUUUAGCAGUGCACAGAAGCGGGCGACCUCGACGUCCACCAUUGCCAGCGAUUUUCAGGAGCUGGGCGAAGCGGAUAUCGCCUCCGAGAACCGAUCAAAUGUGUCCACCUCCUGUGCAGAGCUCGACCUGGAGCGCGGCAAGCGCAAGAAGCGCAAGAAUUCCGCGAGUCGUCGGGUCAGCGGCAACUUUAGCGCCGCUGCCGCCGCCGGCGACAGCUCCUCCAGCUCCGCCAGCGACGGCGAACGCAAUGUCCAGGUCCACAAGCCCAUGAGAGAGACCCUAUUCUAAGCACUGAAAACGACAAUGCAUAUACCCUAAUACUUAUUUCUUUCAUUUGCUAAGCCCAAAUCAUAUGUUUGUAUAUAACUGUCAAGACUUAUUUAAAUUUCAUAUAAAAAAACCCAUCUUAAGUAAAAUAAAUCAAUCAAUCGAUGAUUUAUAGUACA